AGAAAAGCGAUAGGCCGCUACGUGGCUUCACCAGACACAGCCCCGAAUGCGAAAUCCGUAGCCUACCUUUCGUUACACAUCAUUAGCAAAGAUAAUUUCUGUACAGCCACUUCAUCUCGACGUGACUCUUUUUAAUACUAAAAGACCUAUCUGACCUUAACCUCUUUCCUAAAACUUUGCUGUACUCGAACUAUUGAACAAGUCAUUUUUUAAAACUUCACAUUGCUCGUUGCUGAUAGGCAAUUAGAAUUAGCACGAUGACAAGCCUAUGCGCAUGUGAGCAUCCCGACUUUAAAAAGUUACCGGAAGUUGCAUGGCGUUGUACCCAAUGCUGGACGCCGGUUCCAGAAGAUGAAGAGCUUCAAGACCCUAGCACGCGAGAGGAAGUGAGACACCGCGUGCUUGAGAGGUCAUCACUGAACUUAUCUUGGCCAAGCAGCGUCCAAUAUAAUAAUGACAACGACCUUGCCGAACGAGUUAUUCGUGUCCUCGAGGAAAGCGUAUACAGCCUAAACCAAACAAACGACCAAACAAACGCUAUUUCACAUCCUAACGAUGAGGGGGAUCCAAUAGUUCAUCCCCCGAUUCAAAAUGCAAACCCUAUAACAUACCGGUACUAUCAGUACCGGUCCCUAGAGACCACAACACGAAACCCACAUCUUAGAAUCCUUCGAUUGUCUCCGGGUGAGCCCGGGGACCCGCUACAUGGAAGAUUACUCAUUGCAUCUAUCGAAAUUACCGGAACUACGCUGGAAUAUGAGGCUAUUUCGUAUACAUGGGCGAACGAGGCAGGCGACAGCAGAAGGCAGCGACCUCUGUAUCUCGAUAAUAAUUGGUAUAGACUCCCUAUCACUGAAAAUUGCGAGGCGGCGCUUCGACGGUUCCGAGAUAGAAAAAAAGCAAGGUUCCUAUGGGUAGACUCCGUAUGUAUUAACCAAGAGGAUGCCGACGAAAGACGCGAGCAGGUCGGGCUGAUGCCUGAGAUAUACUCUCGGGCGCAGAAGGUUUUAGUCUUUUUAGGAAAAGACUCGAAUCACACAAGUGCUGCGAUGUUUGCGCUCAACUCCGAUGAACGAUCGUCUAAAGAGUAUAGGGAGAGCGGCCUAUACAUUAACGAUAUAAAAUCGCUAUUUUCUCUUCCUUAUUUCUCCCGCGUCUGGAUCAUACAGGAAUUAGCUCUGGCUAGGGAUGCUACCUUUUAUCUUGGGCACGGCGCUCAAUCGCUCGGGCUUCAACAUUCCCGAGAGAAAUUCGGGCGCAUAUUCAAAGAAGUUCAUGCUGAAGAAGUACUGCCUCUUUGGGUACGGCACUGCGGAAAACGCAAGUUGAGAUCCUGGGAAGAAUUUGGGAAUCUGAUAUUCGAUGGCAUGCCUAGCCAGGCUUCGAGACCAGAAGAUAAGAUAUUCGCCUUCUUUGGUAUGAUGAAAGACGCGAGCGUGGAGGGACUGGUUGCGAAUUACAAUCUUGCAGUAGAGCAGGUCUAUACUGGCAUCGCCGCUUUCUUGAUGUCUAAAGGUCACUUGAUGAGCCUCUUGGAGCGAGCAAGAAGCGGAGGAUCCCAAGCGAUACAUGAUAACCGACCCCUGGACCUCCCUUCGUGGGUUCCUGACUUUCGUUGCGCAGCCCAGAACGACGAAUUCAAUCUCAGUCCCGAGUUCAGCCCGGUCUAUAUUCAACCAGACCCAUCUGACCAACGAUCACAACCUAUUCCCGAGGUUGUCCUCAGUCGGACUGGAUCCCUGAUUAUCCAUGGAUAUAGAAUACUAAGAGGUAUUGCCAUGAAAACCCCGGAAUUAGAGUAUACCUACAAAUACAGGUCGGCAUUCGAGAUUAGCGUCAAAUUCCAAAGAUUAUUCGACUCGACUAUGGACAUCAUCAUGUUACCGUGUAUUGAGGAUUCUAAGCCGUACGCCCUACAUCUUCGGAAGACCGAUGUUCGCAAUCGUACUAAUUGCUACACCUUCAUUGGGCUAUGUAAGGUUGGACUGCCUUAUAUAUUUGCCGACGGCGGUGAGAAGAAGAUAAUACUUCGACCUGAGUAUUUCUCUAUUCCUGACGACCCCGAAAUCAUGACGGUUCACAACUUCAUCGAGAAAAACCCCCAUUUGGAUAUCAAGUUAAGUCCCUGGCUGUUACGAUUUUCUCCGGAAACAGAACAUGACUCCUCUAACAAAGCCCUUGGGGUUUCCUGGUUAUUUGGACCGGGGCCGAGCGAAGAUCGCCUUACCAGUUUUCUCGAUCAAUGUAGAGGUCUUAAAUUCCUGUGGCGUCAAUGGUCGCAGGACCUUGAAGUAGUCAGGUCUGCCGCAAAGGAAUUCAUCUGUGAGACAUUCGAAGACUCUCGGGAUUCAAGCAAAAAGCUGUUAACGAGCGAUCUUACCGAGAAAAUUAGGCGUUGGAAGCUCUCAACAGGAGCCCUUGUGUCUUGCGGGGGAAAAACCUGCAGAACACUAUUCGGGGAAUCAUCCUCUUUCUGUUCCUUUGAAGAUGAUGCUCAGAAUAAAACAACCCACACACUCUUGAGUACGAAUGACGUUAAAGAGGUGUUUGAUAAAAUAUAUUCAAAUGUUGAGCAAGACAUUUUGAGAUGCGAAGCCUGUAAAGGGUCCGUCGAUAUUGUUGAGGAAGCUAUAGAACGCCUGAUUGGAGAUUGGAAAGAAUUUAUGAUGCCAAUGUCUCCAGAUCCUAUAGGAGUUACGACAAAUAAAUUAUGGGCGAUAUUUAAUAGGAUUAAGUAUCGACGGAAUUUGGAGCGGAGGUUUACCUUUAUCUCCGGGAGUCAUGAAGAAUUCAUUAUUAUCUAAGUGUGGGUUUUGGCAUAUUGCUCUUGGGUAAAUUGAAGAAGUUGUUAACUACCUACCUAUAUAAUCAAAAGAGUAUACUUAUUUCUGUUGAAUACCGGUGAUACUUUAUUACUCUUACAUGGCAACUACCUCUUUUCAUAUAAGUGUUUGCCAAGAGAAAAGGACCUUGAGGCCUAGGACCAUUAAGCUGUACUUUAUCUCCGUAAACUUAACUCCGAUAUACCGGGGCGCAAUCGGCCGUUAGCGGUGAAAGACUUUCUUAGAUCUCGGUCUCGUUCUCGCCCUCUAAGAUUAGCCUAUGAUAGACGGACAGACAGGG